CUGAAGCCGAGCUGCCAUUGUUAAUGCUGGUGUUGCCGAGCUGGUCAAACAUCCCGGUCCGAAACCAGGACAGGGGACGGAAGACGCGUGCGCCCAUCCCCACCAUCGCCCGAUCGAUCCGAUCCGAUCCGCCGCCACCUGCUUCUGCUUGACGGCGUGCGCGCGUGUGGCGCCGAAAGGGAUGGACGCGGUGCCGGCGCUGGCGGUGGUGGACGCGCGCUUCUGCGCGGGGGACGAGGCGGCGCUGGCCGUCGCCAAGACGCUCAGCAUGUCCGGCAACGACUUCACCGUCACCGACGCCGCCACGGGCGCCCUGUUGCUGCGCGUCGACGGCGUCCUCUUCAGCCUCCGCCGCCGCUGCCUCCUAUCGGACGCCCACCGCCGCCCCGUGCUCACCGUCCAGGAAUCGGCGCUGGUGAUGAACACGCGGUGGAAGGUGUACCGCGGGGACAGCACGAGCCGGCGGGACCUGCUGUUCACGGUGGUGAAGCCGUCGGUGAUCCAGCUGCGGUGGUCCACCAAGGUCAGCGUCUUCCUCGCCAGCAACGACGCCGAGCAGGCCCCCGACUUCCGGAUCACCGGCAGCUACCACGACGGCGCCUGCUCCGUCUCCCUCGGCGAAUCCGACACCGUCAUCGCCAGGAUCGACCGCCGGUCCACCGUGGUGAGCGCGCUGCUGGGCAAGAACGCCUACAGCGUCACCGUCAACCCCGGCAUCGACUACGCCUUCAUCGUCGCGCUCGCCGUCGUCCUCGACGAGAUGCACUACCAAUGACCACAACUCAAGUCCCCUCCAGCCGCGGGUGGCUCGUACGAAUUGUUGUGUGUGUCAAUGCUUUCUGCAGGAGAAUCGCGAUUCACGAAUGCUCUGCUUUUGAGUUGAUAAUACAUGUGUGAGUGUGACGAUGCGAAACAGAGAUUUUGAUCCCAUUCGAGCGGGAGGCACUCGGUUGAACGGCUUUGCCUGGUCCAAUUCGGUUUCGUUAACUGGUCUCUUUGUAAACAUUGGAUUGGCCUGUACGUCAAUUUGUUUUUCUCCAGAGACCUAUCACUUUGCUCA